CCUUGACCUCCGAUGUAAACAAUGUUAUAUAAUGGCUUCAGUGUGGUAUAAGGCACUGUGUAGACCAUUGUAUCCCAUUGUGUAUGUCUUGUAGUCGAGGUUUAUAUCGAUCCGUGUUAUUUUUCGGCAAUACAAACGUUACAUUAGGAUGCCGAAACGAAAGUCAGAAUCUGUCCCUAGAAACGAAAAGACAAAAAGAUCGAAGUCUUCAGCGGAAACGUCUUCAUCACAAAAAGAAACCGCGUCUAAACACGUGACCCCAGCCAAAUCUUCUGCAAAGAAGGACCCCAGUCUAACCAGGAAAGUACCUACGUCAUACCCGAAGUUAAUCGAUAAGAAAGAUGAAAAAAGAACCGGGGAGACCACCGUUCUCGAAUUCGUGGCCAAAUCGCCUAAACGAAAUGAUAAAGGGGAGCUAGUCUUUGAAGGAUACCCUGAUUUCCAACCAAACAUGACACCGAAGGAAGUCCUGCAGACCGGAAGCUUCGGCGGGACCUACUUCAGGCCCAUCAAAUCUGGCGUUACCGGAAAGCAGUACAAUGGAGUGCACAAGGAACUUCCCGAGGAUUGGCUGGAAGGCCUGAAAGUUGCAGAGAAGGUUUCCUCAUCUACCUAUCGAGAAUCGUCGAACACUUACAAAGUGAAGUGCGGAGGUAGUCUUCAGAUGUGGGAGGAAAGCGACUGGAUACACGCACAGGACCCCUAUGGCUGGUUCCAGUGGUAUUGCAGGUUCUACCAAGGAAGGCGAACCCCUGAUGAUGACCGACAGAUCGGCCGCUGGGCGCGAUGUGCGGGUGUGACCGGCAGAUGGAGAAACAAUCUUAUUACCAAGUGCGUCAAGAGCGGAUGCGGAUUCGAUAACAAGACGAUAUCUCCCGUAGUUCGUCAGACGCUGCAACACUGGGGCUAUAAGCUCAACAAGAAAGACUUCGAUGCUUAUGUGAAGAAGAAAAAACUUAAAUAGUUUGUUGCGUGUUUCCGCAACGUUACGGGUACCGGUAUGUGUGUUUUCAGUUGGACUUACUAAAUACGACAAACGGAUCGAAGCCCAGUCAACUGUAUCGUCCUGUAUUAUUUCCUUAGGAACUUUUAGUGAUAACUUAGCAUCAAUUGGAUGGGAUUCAACUCAAAUAAUGAUCAUGCGACACCUAUGCGAUCUGAAACCUAGCACUUACCAGGAUAUGUAAUGAAUAAGUACAUUCUUUGUAAAGUUCAUUUUAUUUCGUCUUAUUUUUGAUAAAGUGU